UGCCUUGUGUCAUAAAAAAUACACGCGCGGAAAGCCAAGAUUUUGCAAGGAUUUGUCCAGUGCCCGACUGAAAGGAAAUCCUUCAGUAAGAGACUCUAAUGACCACAAACAGUAGGCCUAACUCUCCUGCUAUUCUGAAAGAUGUUGUUGCCUACGUUGACGUGUGGUCAUCGAGUAAAACAGAGAAUUACUCGAAAUCAUUCAUCCAGCAGCUGCAGGAUAUGGGAGCUGAGGUAUCUAAAACCUUCAAUAAACAAGUCACACACGUAGUCUUUAAAAAUGGCCAUCAAGCCACCUGGAAUAAAGCCAAGAAGACUGGUGUGAGACUUGUGUCUGUCCUCUGGGUGGCCAGAUGUAAAGAUGAUGGUGAACAUGUUGAUGAAGAGUUGUGUCCGGCAUUAAAUGAUGAAGUCAAUUCAGCACUCAAGAAAAGGGUGCAUCGUUGUAUGCAGCCAAGAGACACCCCUGAGAGGACCCCUGAGAAUGACAGGCGCAUGAAGAAAAAACUGGACAAGAUGAUCAAAGACCUAGUACCAAAAUCACCUCUUAUAACAGAUGUGUCCCCUUACAUCAUCGACGAAGAGAACGGAAUAGUUUACAGUCCUUCUAUGAAAAGGUCUGACUCCAUGGCACAGCGCCUGAAAGAAAUGAGGGAAACGAGGGAGAACCUCUCCCCGACAGCUUCACAGAUGGGACAAUCUAGGUUAUCGCCUGAGUUUAAGCCUUCUCUUGGGAGUACACCGUCACGCUCUUUCUUGCAACACCUAGAUGAAGAAUCGGAUGAGGAUCUUAAUGCGUCUUUUGGCUCAAAUAAGACCGAUGGAGAGAAGCAACAGGAAGCCACCAGUGAACCACAGCACAAGAAACACUUUCAGAAACCUUGGAAGUCAUCUUGCAGUGAUUUGCCCAGACAAAAGACAUUGGUUCAAAGUCCUUUACCCAAUUCACCGGCUAAAGGGAGUAAACAAGACAAAAAUCCUAAGAGGACCUCAAUCAAACAUGAUGUCAUCAAAAAGCACAUCUCCUUAGAGAGUCCAUGCCUGGAUGACCGCCCGGAGUGUAGCAAGAGUGUGCAAUCAGUGUUUACAUUUGACAGUUUUCUACUGGGGACAAAUGGGCGAUCAUCCAGCAGAAUUAAUAUGUCAAAAGUCACACCACCUGUCAGGAAAAGCAGAACACCACAGUCCCUUCCAGAAAGUAAGCUAACUGCUAAUCUGGAGAUUUCUAGUCGCCGUUCUUCAAAAAUGUUACCAGAAAAACCCAAUGUGCCUCAUCAAACGUCCCUAAAGAUUACCACACCGAAAUCAAAAGUGAGCGAAUGUAGAAAAUCCUCACUUCCUGCCUUAGCAAGAUCUUGCACUGUCUCAAAAGGCUUCCGUGCCUCCUCCUGUGCGGAUGAUGAUGAUGGGGUAUUUGUGGACUUCUUCUCUCCAGCUAACAACCCUGGGAGACAACGAAGCCGCCUUUUACCCAGCUUGCCCUCAGAGUCCAAGGUUCAGAUCCCCUUUGAACUGGAGCCUCAGCCUAGCCCUGGGAAGAGGAAGAGGGGCAAGAGUGAAACCACAGGGUCUUAGUCGGCCAGUGUCAAAAAGAGAACACAUGGGGUGCCCGGUGUAAGAGAAACCAGCAGUGUAAACAGCAUGUUGAAUCAACACGUGCAUCCACACCAGGAUUCAAAGGGAUGUCCAUCCUCAGAGGACAAUAAUACAAAACAAACUCAGACUAGAAGAAAUAGGCAAAGCACAUUGCCAUUCUCUAGAGUGCCUAAAGACUCCACUGAUGAACUGACUAGUGCCCCUGACCAUCAGAGAGCAUCAAUAGAUCCCACACACCUUUCAAAACCAAGUCUGGCAGCGGCCAACAGAGCACUAGAUAAGCAAAACAGUUUGUCUCUCUUACCUCGGCACAAAGACGAACAAGUGAAAAGUAGCCCACGUUUCAAAAGUAUGUGAAUUAUAAACUGUGUCCAAAAAUGUGAUACAAUUUUAUUACAGCAACAGAAUGGCACUUACUAACCAUAUCAUAAUUAUUACCGUGAUCAGUAUUUCAGUGAUGCAAAGGAUGAAAAACAUUUACUUUUAUAUUGAAAAUGUAUGGCCAUGUAAGUUAAUCAAACUGUGAAUUGAAGUUUUAGGAUAGCCUAUUGAGGGAUCCCCUGAAAUGAUGGGUAAACAAGAUUAAAUUAACUGUUUUAAUACUGAUAUGGUGAUACAUUUUCUAAUAAACAAAUGUUAACCUUUCUUUCUAGAAGCACCUUACUGACAAUUUGUGUUCCUGAUACUGUCAUUACACAAAAACACAAGUGAAUCAGCAUUCAGCAGGAAAAAUGUUUUUCACCUGUGUGUUUUGUAACGUUUCAACAUUUAAAGUUGUAGGCAGAGUAACUGUGUAUGCUGCAGCAGCUGGUGUCACAGACACAAUUUCUGACAAUUUAAGCAAGCAGAAAAGACUAGUCAAUAUGGUUGGCAAGAGCAUGGAGAAGAAUACCAAGGUAACCAAACGUAUCAUCUAAGUUGCUGUUGUGGUGUUGGCUGUAAUUGUUAUAGCCCAGCAUUGAUUUACCCAAUAAAUGACUGGGAGCUGGUA